CAGUAUCUACUAGAGCCAAAAACUAUCCAGAUUAUUGUGGCACCACCAAAUACGACUGGUCUCCGGUCUCCAGUUUGUAGUGUCCUAUUUUUAAUGUAUGUUUAAUAUGACUGUAGUUCAGUUUGAGAGUAACUGCUCUCCUGUUUGAGAGCAACCGCCUUAAAUUAAUACGUGCUGGAUAAUACUUGCUAAAAAUUGAAAAUAAAAUAGAUUGAUAGACAGCAUAAAAUAAUUUAAAAUGCUUAAUAAUUACAAACAUCUCUCCUUUUUUUGUUUAUGUGAUUUGUUAUGUAUCACAGUAGGAUUAGAUUAUUGCUCAGAACUAUCUCAAAGAUCUUUAAGUUUAAUCUUAGGCCAGGCUUUUAAUCCACGAUACAUGAGUAUUGAGCCACCGCCGAACAAGGAAACAGGACUUAAUUUUGGAUCAAAAAGGUCCUUAUUUGAUGUACCGUUCUACGCAGACAACGAUGUGGUUUCUCUGGGUAGUUUUCCUGCUUGGGAAACGAAUCAUUUAACUUACUUUGAAAAAAAGGAUGAAGACUCUAUAAAAAGUAAAGAGUUACAUGUAAGAAACAUAUUCAUUGAAGGAGGAGGAGGAUAUGGAAAACAGGAAGUUUUCAGAGCUCGGCCAUGGGAAUGUUCCGCAGUAAUCAACUGGAUUGACCUAGGAAUUAAUUACUUUCCACGUUACAUCCGAACGAUUGAAUGUGUCGCAAAAAAAUGCUGGUAUGGUCAUUUUAAAUGCAAACCAAAAUCAUUUACUAUUAAAGUACUUCGCCGAAAGCCUGGAUCAUGCAUUCAUGUGAGCGAAAAACUUGUUUUGAUCACAUCCGACAAAUUCUUGAAUGAAUAUGCCCAGCUAUGGAUAUGGGAAGAAAUCGCAGUUAAUUUUUGUUGUGAAUGUGUCAUGCUUUACUAGAUAGAUUAACAAGCUUAUCAUUAAUUACUACUGUGUUAUAUAUUCAAAUAAAAACCAUUUGCACAUUUUAACUAAAAA